GGCACCGAGCAAUAAGAUAUAUCAGGCUUUAGAUACACACACAAACUUAAUACUUUCUGAAAGUGCAAUGGCGAUAUUGGACAAUAACAGCCAUCGCUUUUGGGGACCACAUCUAUAUUAUGUGGCUAACGCUGAAGAAAACACAACCAGCCGGCUGCAGAAACACAAACGCAUCUAAUAAUCGGCACAAGGUGCAACCAGGACAGGUGAUUUCACUGCCUCUGCGAGAGAUGACAGUUUAGACCCAAAACGCUGGUGUGACGUGUGAACAGACACCAUGGCCACACAGGAACCGUCCCCUCCCUCGUCCAUGGAGAGCAAUAAACCCGGCUUCCCCAAGAAGAUCCUGGGCAAUAAGCUGGAGGACAAACACCUGUGCAACUGCUGUCACAAUAUACUGAGACGACCGUUUCAAGCCCAGUGUGGACAUCGCUUCUGUUCCUACUGCUUCAACAGGACUGUGAGUAAUGGACCCCAGAAAUGCAACGCUUGCAUUAAAGAGGAUAUUUUUGAGGACCCCACGUCGAUUUUGAAACAAGGAUGUGCUUUUCCUGACAAUGCAGUUCGAAGGGAAGUUGAAAACCUCUCAGCUGUUUGUAUCAAUGAAAGUUGCACUUGGAAAGGCAGCAUUAAAGAGUAUGAGCUGAACCACGAGGGGAAGUGCGAGUUCAUGAUCAUCCCCUGCCCCUCCUGUAAAGAACGAAUUCGCUUCAAUGAACAGGAGCGCCAUAAUGAGCGCGAGUGCCCUGAGCGUACACUCAACUGCAAGUACUGCAAGGAGCCAUUUCACUUCAAAAAUAUCAAGGCACAUGAUGAGAUCUGUCCCAAGUACCCGAUGAUCUGUGAAGGCUGUGCCAAGAAGAAAAUACCCAGAGAAAAGUAUGUGGACCAUAUUAAAUUCUGCAGCAAAUUCAGAACUCCGUGUCGGUUUCAUGUCGUGGGAUGUGAUAUGUCUGUGGAGAAGGAAAAGAUUCAUGACCACGAGCGCGCCUUUGCCUACGAGCACCUCAACCUGCUGCUGCACUACAUCAUGGGCAUGAAAGUGAGCAUGGAGGGCCUGCAGCCCCAGGGACUGGAACUAGCUGGGCACAAACUGGUGGAGCUCCAGCAGUCCCUCCGAGAGCUCGAGGCCAGAGUCUCCCAGCUCAGCACCACCUCCUCUGGGCCUCCCGUGCAGGGAGCGGCCGCCUCCUCAUCUUCCAGCUCCGGUCCCCCUGGUCCUACCACAUCAGCUCCUCUCCCACCACCUCCCACUCUGGCUCCCACUCUCACCGUUUCUACCUCCUUUACACCUCUGCCCAGCUCAGUGGGUGCGGCGUUGGAGCUCCAGCUCCACAGCGAGAAGACGAAGGUGGCCGAGUUGGGCCGCAGGUGCACAGAACUUGAAGUUAAAGCCGGCACGUUUGAAAAUGUGGUGUGUGUCCUGAACAGAGAGGUGGAGAGGUUUGCCACCACCAUGGAGGCCAGUAACCGUCAGCACAAACUGGACCAGGAUAAGAUCGAGGCUCUGAGUAAUAAGGUGCGACAGCUGGAGAGGACGGUGGGGCUAAAGGACCUGACAGUUGCUGAGAUGGAGGGCCGGCUGAGAGAAAUGUCUGCCACAACCUUCGACGGCGUCUUUGUCUGGAGGAUUUCUGACUUUGCUAAAAAGAGACAGGAUGCCAUCGCAGGUCGAGCCCCUGCCAUGUUCUCACCAGCUUUCUACACGAGUAAGUACGGCUACAAGAUGUGUCUGCGGAUCUAUCUGAAUGGAGAUGGGACGGGGCGUGGCAGCCACUUGUCCUUGUUCUUUGUGGUGAUGAGGGGACUAAGUGACGCUCUACUCAAAUGGCCCUUCAACCAGAAGGUGACUCUGAUGCUGCUGGACCAGAGCAACAGGGAGCACAUCAUCGACGCCUUUCGUCCCGAUGUCACUUCCUCCUCCUUCCAGAGACCCGUGAGCGAGAUGAACAUCGCUAGCGGCUGUCCUCUCUUCUGCCCGCUCUCCAAGCUCGACGCCAAGAACUCUUACAUCCGUGACGACACCAUCUUCAUCAAGGCGAUCGUGGACCUCACCGGCCUCUAGAUGGUUUCCACAGGGCGGUACAGUUUGGCAACCAGGCAGCUCUUUGACCAUUACGGCUUCAUUCUUGGCUCAAUUGUGGUCCCUUUAGGGCUCUGAUCAGGCAUCUUACUGUCCCCUGCAGCUUUAGGGAGACAAACAUGCUUGCAACUGUAUGCUGCAUGUGGCUGCAGUUUGCUCAGUCCAGACGGCGCUGGCAUUGUCAUAACGGGUGGUCUCUAUAAGCGAGAACCACCGUCAACCAUCGCUGUACAUUUAAGGGUGCACAACUUUCAGGAUUUUCUUUUUAACAUCACAGCACCACUCUCACGGUGAUUUUUUUAAAACAAAAAAGUCACUUCAGUUCUGCACAUAAAGUUUUCAGUUUAAAAGGACACAGAAGCGAGCACCGGUGCAGCGCGAUCAGUGCAGUGUUGAGUAGAAGCAGAGAUGUCGAAGUGAACAGUCGGAGUGAAUAGUGUCUAUUUUUAUCUCCUGCUUUUUGAAGAUCGUGGCGUUACAGCACAUGCGGACUGUGUUAGAACAGGCUUGUAGAUAACCAGAUAGUUAAUGUGAUCAUUCUGAUGUCACCGUAAAGCUGGCAGUAGACUUAAUAAUAGAGUUAGAGCGUGGCUUAAUGCAGUUUUUGCUUUUUUCCUUGCAGAUUGUGGAUAUUGUGAGCUUCUCAAUUCCAGUGUCGAGUGAAUUUGCAUAGACAAACGUGGAGUUAUGUUAUGAAUAAGAUUACAGGCAAUAUUUUAGUUUUUAAUUUUAUUUUUUUGCCUUUUUUGCGCAAAGUGCAUGCCGCCGGCGUUUUUAAGUAUAAAACCGCGCCUUAUUUUGAUUGAGCUUUACGAAGGUUCCUCGUUUGUUGUUGAACUUGUUAGUGAAUUAGCCAUCCGUGAUGGUGGACAUUGCCUGCAUGUCUUUGGAACCAGGCUAUCUACAUGUAAAGUUACUGUUGCGUAUUUGUUCCUAUUAGGGGUUGGUGGUUCUGAUUGGUGGUUUGGUACAUCUGUGGAAGAUACAGUGGAGUUACCAAGGAGUCAGGGCAGCUUGCCAGUCAAGCCUGAGGCAUAAAACUUACAUGUGUUUUUGUCUCUGACAAACAUACAUCGCUGGAGUUUUCCCCAGGAUAUGCUCACUAGCUCAUAUCUCAACACAUAGUACUGUGCCCCACCACAGAUUGAGGUUAACACAGAUUCCACGAAAUGAGGGAAUUGUUCGUUCCUUGUUUUCUGUCCAUAUACAGUGCAUACGUGUUUCUGCUGCUCUAAGAUAGAAAUACUGGUGUGAUUCUAAUAUAUAUGUUGGUGCAAAUAUACAUGAGGUAAAAUGUGUGUGGAGAGGUUGAGAGGCUGAAACAAGGAGGAAAUGAAAACAAGAGAUUGUAGUACUUUGUUGUAGGUCACAGGCUGUUUGUUGACAUUAUUUAUUGCAGAUUGAUGUUCAGUGCUGCCCCAGAUUAAACCUUUAAACUUUUGGUGUUUUUAGCUAUACCGGCUCACUGAUUUCUGACGAGGCACCACAAAUCGAACACACAAUCUCCUGAGUAUAUCCGAUUCAACUGUUCCUGUAAUUUUUCUAUGUGUCCACCAGAGAUUGCUGUUCUACUUACUUAGCAUGCAUGCUGAGGUUUUAAGGUUCACGCUGGCCUGUUUGAAAACCAGUCUCGACCUGUAUUGAAACCUCUCUGUGCAUGGGAGGCUUCAAUUCAUAUUCACUAUGGAGUUUCACAUUGGUUUCCCCUGUGAGCCACGUGUGAAAGCAUUUAUUUGUAUUUGUUUGGAUGAAAAUACGUAAUCAUAGAAUAGCUAUUAUGUUAUAUCUGGCUCUGCCUCUGUUCAACAGAAGCACUGGCCUAUAUUCAUAGCAAUUUAUAAAUAUGUAUCUUUCAUAUCAUAAUGUUGAAAUAAUCUAUAUAUCAAUGUUAAUAUACACAAGAUGUUAUAAUAAACAUAGUAUUACUGAAUACCUUAUUAAUUCUAUAGCUAUAUACCAACUUUUUGUUUGUCAAGAUGGUUUGAACAGGCCAGGACAACCCCUUUUGUGCAGUAAGGACUUAUGAUUCCUUCUAGAGUGCAAUAUAUGAUUACGUCUGUUUAGAUUUUGAUGACAUUUUGACAUUUUAAGGGUUUACAGAGGUCAUACUCGACUUAUUUGUUUACAUUACUCAUUAUGGGGCUGAAGAACUGCAACCAAUUUUGAACUUUCCAAGGAAAUACAGUGCUUUCCUUGCCAUACUCUACUUGAUAUCACUACCAUGGGAGUCUCUGGUCAGUAGCUGUUUAUGAAGCUCACUGACGAGAUAAGUGAAAAGCGGGAGGAUUUUUAGGAAGACCAUUUUAAUGUUGAGAAAUUUAAGCUAUGUACAGUAAGUGGGUUUCUAUUCUUAACUUAAAAAAACCUUUCAAUGAAGACUGAGCAUGUAAUAACUAGAAUUACAUGAACUUUUUAAACCUUGAGUGUUCUUGUAAUGUGCCAAAAUCAAAUAUUACCUCCAAUAUACUAACAUUUUGUUGUAUUGCAAGGUGUAUUUUAUGUUCUAUGCUAAAAUAUGGUGCCAAAUAUGUUUUAUAUUUAAGUUUGCUGCGUGCUCUGUAUGUAUAAGUGUGCGCGCGCGUGUGUGUGUGUGUGUGUGUGUGUGUGUGUCUGUGAGUGCGUGCAUGUGUGCAACUUUAAAAUGAUGCAUGGGUCACUACUUCUGUCGGCACCGGAGGAGAUAAUUAAUACUGUCCCAUGAAACUGUCCUUAAAUUACAGAUCCUCCCAAGGUUUUUUGAAUGUAAGCUUUAAUUCAGUUGGGGUUUAUUUUCUGAUUGACACAUAAGCAGUUCUGUAAUGUGAUGCAGUUGACUUAAACCAACUUUAUUUGUGCACUUUGUAUCAGUUGUUUGUCCAAACAGGGUAUUUUGUUGAGUGACUUAUGUACCUUGAAAUCAGAGCCAUAUAUAUAUAUAUCUAUAUAUAUAUAAAUAUAUAUAUUCUGAUGUUGAUAAUUGAUGUAUUAUGCUAAAAUAACUUGCAGUAUGUAAUAAAGUUUGUUG